GCUGCAGUCUACUGAAUGAAACCAUUGUGAAACAUUCGCACUCUAUCGAUUUUCUAUUGUUAAGGUUCUUGCGUGGUUCUUUCACUUCCGGAAGAUCAUGCCGUUCCAGAGAUUUGUGCAGUCGGGCCGUGUGGCCUAUGUAAGCGAUGGUCCUUACCAGGGCAAAUUGGUUACUAUUGUUGAUAUCAUCGACCAGAAUCGGGUUUUAGUAGAUGGUCCAUCAACUAGUGUACCUCGGUGUGAGAUGAGGCUUAAUGAGCUUCAUUUGACGAAAUUUCGUUUACGUUUCCCAUUCUCUGGAUCAACUUCUGUUGUACGUAAAGCAUGGGAAGCAGCUAAUAUUAAUGAACUAUGGAAGCAAACAAUGUGGUCUAGAAAAGUUGAAGCUAAAAAGAAGCGUGCCGCACUCAGCGAUUUUGAUCGUUUUAAGCUGCGUAAAGCAAGGCAGAUAAGAAACAAAUUGCGAACGGACGCAUUUUUCAGAUUGAAGAAAAAGACCAAGAAAACUAAAACUGGUGUAGCGAGUAAAAGCACGAAAAAGAUUGAAAAAAAGUAACUGGAUUUUAAAAUAAAUGUAAUAUUUUAUGAA